AUAGACGCCCCCACACAUCAUUACCAGGCUCCCCGUUCGUCUCUUCCUCCUCCUCCUCCUCGGAGGGAAGCUGCAUCGAGUUCAACUCCAAAGUUUGUGCCUCUGACAUGCUUGCUUGUCACCACGCGCCUCACUGUGUCUCAGUCUCCGAGGACGCGCGUGGUGGUCAUGGUACGGGUCCGGGGGGGUCGGGUGCAAGCAGAAUUAGAGCGAGGUUGCCUAAAAUGCGCAUGCGCAAGGGGCGUGGCUGGUGUGUGCAUGCAGGCGGCAUGAUCGAUCGAUGGCCGCUGCUGGACGAUGCGCAGGUUCUGGGCAGUCCGUAGCGAGGUCCGUAGCCGUGUUCUGUCUGUCCGACUUCGAAAAGUACGCGCGGACGCAGUUGAACGGCAAUGCGUGGGGCUACUAUUCCUCGGGAGCUGACCAGGAACUGACGCUCAAGGAUAACGAAGAGGCCUUUCGCAGGUAUCGACUGAGGCCGCGUAUGCUGAAGGACGUAUCGAAAGUCGACGUAAAGACACGUAUAUUAGGACAGGAUGUGUCUUUCCCUGUUUGUGUUGGUGCCACUGCCAUGCAGAGGAUGGCGCACACUGACGGAGAAAUAGCCACAUGCAGAGCUGCUAGGAAGAUGGAGACCUGUAUGAUGUUGAGUUCAUGGUCCACCACUAGUCUGGAAGAGGUGGCGGGCGCCAGUGGUGAGAGUGGUCUGAGGUGGUUCCAGCUCUACAUCUACAGAGACAGAGACCUCACCAGGAACCUUGUUCUGAGAGCAGAGAGGAGCGGUUACAAGGCAAUAGUGGUGACAGUGGAUGCACCUGUUGUGGCCAAGAGACUUGCAGAUGCUCGCAAUAGAUUCAGCCUCCCUCCCCAUCUCCACCUGGCAAAUUUCGACACUCAACUUCCGCAGUCCUCACUGACAUCCGACAGUGCUUUAGAAGGAUCAUCUCUGGAAAGAUACACGAGAGAUUUGCUGGAUGCGAGUCUGACGUGGGAGGGGAUAGACUGGAUCCGAGGUCUGACUGGACUGCCUGUUCUGGUGAAGGGUAUUCUGACAGCAGAGGAUGCCGUGGAGGCAGUUAGACAUGGGGUCCAGGGAAUCAUAGUCUCUAACCACGGAGGAAGACAGCUGGACGGAGUCCUUGCUACCAUUGAUGCUUUGAGUGAGGUGGUGAAGGCAGUGGAGGGACAAGUGGAGGUGUACAUGGACGGAGGAGUGAGGCAGGGAACCGAUGUCCUGAAGGCUCUGGCAAUGGGGGCCAGGGCAGUCUUCAUUGGGAGACCAGUCCUCUGGGGUCUGGCCUACAAUGGACAGGAGGGAGUGGAGAGGGUGCUGCAGAUACUCAGAGACGAGUUCAAGACUGCCAUGAUGCUCUCAGGUUGUCGGAACUUGGCCGAAAUACAGCCAAGUCUGGUGGUCCACCAAUCAAAGAUCUAA